AUGUGCAAAGUCAUCCAAUUCCGCUUCACCUGCCACCACACCCUCCGCUUACGGAAGUCCAGCUGCGGAGGAACCCGGCACAAAACUACACGAAACAGCACAAAAGCAGCAUGUAACGCAGAUGCAUAUAUCACGAGAACAUUAUCACACGAUUGCGGUGCGUGUCAGCAGAAAGAAUGGGACGACACCUGGAAGCGGAAGCUAGAGCGUGCGGAAUCAUUUGCAAAGACGCUCACUGGGCGAGGCAUACCGGGCACGGAAGAAGUGGCAGAGCUGGUGAAGCAGCUCGAGGCCCAGUAUGCAGCAGCGGCGUGGGAUAUGCGGCAUGCGUUUGCCCAUGCGCAUAGACCGAGUGUUGCGCGGGUCGGGAUCAGCCAUCGUGAGAUCGCACUGUCGCCCCUCUCAAGGGAAGUGCGACCUGAGGAUGUAGUUGAACGGGUGCAAUUCAAGGACUGGGCACAUGAGGAGUACGAGUAUGAUGGUGACUAUGUUGCUAGCACUGACCCGAUGCAUCCGGUUGAUAAUACGAGUUACUCACACCCUCUGUACUACGACGACGAUAGUUGGGUUCUCAAUCAUCUUACGGCAGAGGAAAUACAGGAUGAGGGACCGGGUGUCGCGUUUGAUUUCGGUGAGAGUACGUGGGGAUGGGACGAUGAUUCGGAAACGCCCACGGCAGGAAGUGAACAUGGAAAACGACAUCGUCAGAUCCUUCGAAGACACCGGGAGACGACAGAUUUGAGCCGGUACUACAGCGACUGGCUGAUGAUUUCGCGGUGUGAGAUGCGAGAUUUUGAAGGGUUGGAGGGGCGGGUGAUUCGCGAUCCGCCGAGGAUGUGUGGGGUGGUGAUGAGUGGGAGUGGGUGUGGGCAAAUGAAUUAG